AUGGGCGAUGGCAGUACUCCCAGGCUCGGCAACAUGAAAGCGUUGCUUGGGAUAGUUGCCGGAGCUGGAGCUUCCUACGGGUUAUACAAACUCAUGAGCGGGGGAAGCUUCAAGAGAAACAAGAAAAGUGCUACCACUGAAAGUCCUGGUGUCAGGAGCAGUCAGCCCAUUGAAGUUACCCUACAGCCGGGCAGCCUGCUGGCCAGAGUGUCUGGACUGGAUGUUGUCUGUCCCCGACCAGUGGGUGUUGCAUCAGCUGACAUCAUCCACCAGUCCCCUGGCAACCUCGAUCCACAGCACUUGAAAAUGUUGCUAUCAUGUUUGCAGACCAGCAAUAAUUCACCCGACAGAUGUCGAAUCCUACUUACGUUAGGAAAUUCUGCUGCCUUUACUGUGAAUCAGAAUCUAAUACGGGAAUUUGAAGGCAUUCAUAUCAUAGCUGGUUUCCUCUCUGAUCCUGUGGCAGAGGUUAGAGUGCAGACUCUAAAUGCUUUAAAUAAUCUGUGUAUGAACAUCCAGAACCAGGAACAUAUAAAGGUUUAUGUGCCACAAGUGCUGGAGCUGAUAGAGAUGUCACCAGUGAAUUCUGACCUUCAGCUUGGUGCUCUCAGGCUGCUGACAAACCUUUCAGUCACAGAUAAACAUCAACACUUGCUUAAGGAAUCAGUUACACUUUUACUCUCUCUACUUGUCGUGAGCAUUGAAGCAUUACAGGUUCAGACUUUGAAAGUCCUUGUGAAUUUGUCAUCCAAUCCAGAUAUGAUGGAUGACAUUGUUCAAGCUCAGGCACCAGCUUCUGUUGUGCUGCUGUUUGAUGCACGAACAGCCCCUGCGGUGCUUCUGCGACUGCUGACCUUCGCAGGGAACUUAAAGGCCUGGAGACCCUCGGCCCAGGUGGCUGAUGAACUGAGGCGGAAGCAGGAUUGCCUUUUCCGGGUUAUGUUAGAUGAGUCUUCCCAGCUCCACAGCAGACUGGUGCAGCUGCUUUCACACCCUGAUGGGGAGAUUCAGUCCCAGGUGGCCCGCAUCUUGACAUAGACCUCCUUGAUCUUGAUCCAUGCACAGCUUUUGCUUCCACACAUUUUGCCAAAGCCACCAACCCAUCACCCUUCAAGUUCAAUUGUAAAUCUGUGGCUGCUCAGAUUACACUCUUGCACUCUCUAUAUCUACAGUGUUCACUAGAUAGUAUCAUUAACAUACAUAAGUAAAUUACCUAUUCCACCUCACCAGCCACUCUUUCCUGAUUUCCACUUUCUUACACUACAAUGAAUUGAUAAGCACCAAGGAAGCAGGAAGAAACCAUUCAUU